AUGUACUCACAACACUCCGCAAUGGCGCCUCAGAAGCCCGAAACUUUCAUGUUGAGCACUGAGGCCCAGCAAGCUCUGCCUCAUGAUGCCCAAGUCGCUCUUCAGCAAGUCGACAACUUGAAGUACUUCCUCAUCUCCGCCCCUGUCGACUGGCAACCUGAUCAGUACAUUCGCCGAUUUCUGCUACCAACUGGUGAAUACGUCUCAUGCAUUCUCUGGAACAACCUUUUCCACAUUUCUGGCACAGACAUUGUGAGAUGCCUGUCCUUCCGUUUCCAGGCCUUUGGCCGACCUGUCAAGAACUCCAAGAAGUUCGAGGAAGGUAUCUUUUCUGACUUGCGAAACCUCAAGUCUGGAACUGAUGCUUCUCUGGAGGAGCCCAAGAGCGCCUUCCUUGAUUUCCUCUACAAGAACAACUGCAUUCGAACUCAGAAGAAGCAAAAGGUCUUUUACUGGUACAGUGUCCCCCAUGACCGUCUGUUCCUUGACGCGCUGGAACGCGAUCUCAAGAGGGAGAAGAUGGGCCAGGAAGCUACCACCGUUGCUGUCAGCGAACCCGCGCUGUCUUUCCAGUACGACUCAUCUCAGUCGCUCUACGAGCAACUGACAAAGGCCCAACAAGCCAAUUCUUCGUCUUUCAGCGCCCAGCAAUCCGCCUUCUCUCAGAGCCAGUCCACAUCUCCAGUCAUGCGAGCUAUGGACUCGAUGCCUCCUCCCCCGACAAUGAUGCCUCAGUCCAUGCCCCCUUUGGCGGAGGGGAUGGACGCAAUGGUACCUUAUGGAACGAUGGCGGUGCCUCACCACAUGCACCAAGCCGUGCCCGUGAAGAGGGAGCCUGAUUUCACCCGUGUUCAAUACAACCAGAACGGUGUUCCUAUCACGACCGGCCACCAGCGCCAUGCUUCUAUGCCCGCAUAUGCUCUCGAGUACUCGCCCGCUCCUUCAUUCGUCUCCUCCCAGUACGAGGACUACAGCAACAGAGGAAUCUCAUUCGAACCCAUCACACCUCCCCAGCAGGCCUUGGGUAUCUCUGCUGAGCCCGCGUACAUCGCCAACGAGGAGACUGGCUUGUACUCCGCUAUCCCCGAUCAUAUGGCUAGCAUGAAUGGCCUUAACGGCAUGGUCCAGCUCCCCCCCUCUAACUUGGCUGGCCCUCAAUUCUCUCGUCCCUAUGGUACAAACAACGUCUACUCUGUAAUCGAAGGUUCGCCGACAUAUAAGCAGAGAAGACGGCGUUCAUCCAUCCCCCCAUCUAUGUCGGCGAUUGCGGCUCCUGCUGCACCCUCACACCCAGCACACUCACAUGUCCGUCGACCUUCUGACUUGCGACGAUCUGUCUCUGCUUCUGUUGGUCCUGUUGCCGAGGGUGAUGAGUCCGCAAACAACUCCCCUCCUGGUUUGUCUUACAGCACUUCUGGUGUGUCUGUGAACAGCCAGCACCACCAGAACAUGUCUAGACAUGGAACUCCCUUGUCCGCUGUUGAAGGAAGCCCUGCACCCCAUUCCAUGGGCAUUCACCAAGACUUCCCUCACCUCGCUAGUGAGGAAUAUACCGGCGAGGGCUCCAUGAACGAUCAGCGACGAUCUGUGCCUGCUCCCAACGGUGCUGUCCGACGUGCUCGCUCAGCCACUGUUAUGGAAGUUGGCCCUUACCCUCAGAAGUCCCACUCAUGCCCCAUUCCCACAUGUGGCCGUCUCUUCAAGCGUUUGGAGCAUCUCAAGCGACACGUUCGAACGCACACACAAGAGAGACCCUAUGUCUGCCCUCACUGCAGCAAGGCUUUCUCAAGAUCUGACAAUUUGGCACAACACAAGCGCACACACGGUCGUGAAGACGGUGGAGAUGGCUCACUGCAUCUCUCUGGCGAUGAGGAGGAGGACUUCUCCGGUGAUGACCAUCUUGGCUCACUCGAAGAGGCCUCCCCUCACUCUGAAAAUGCAUAUGUGACAGGCUCCCUGAACGCUGCCGCUCAUGGCUCGACUCCUCCAUCAAGCAACGCACCCACACAAACGUUCAACAGUCUCGAAACCCUCAGCAUGCCCAUGACAAUGAGCCAACCAGCUGCUAUCAACGCUAGCGGCAUGAUGUAA